AUGGCCACUGCAGAUGCUGCCGGCCCCGAUGGCCAGCCAAAGCCGGCUGCCGGGGAUGUCAUGCACGUCAUCGGCCACGGCCCAGCCAUCCUCCUGGAGGUCGUCAUGAGUGGUGCCGACAUCGUGGCCUACAAGGUGAGAUAUCCCGAUGGCACGCAGGACAGCGUCAUACCCGAGAAGGCCUUGCUCUGCGAGCGGAGGAAGGACGAGACGGUCGGCAGAUCCUCCAGCAGGAACUCGCAAGGCGGGCCCUCACGGGAUGGCUGCGAAAGCCAAGGCCUCGCUUCUCAGGGCUCUUGCGACAACCAGCAACCGCUGGCCGAGAGGGAAGGAAGCAGCAAUCUUCCCAUGCGACGCCUGCUGGCGAGCCCGCGGGGGCCACGUCAGUUGGAGUACCUGGGGCGCGCCUUCGAUGACGAAAGGCGCAACAUCGCAACUCCAUCUGCCACUUUUUCAUUGGUUGCCACAAUGGUCGGUCAGAUCCUCAGUACUGUUUCCAGACACUUGGUCUGGCAGAAGGGUGCCCCGGCCUGCUAUGUGGACAGCCAGACGAGGAUCCUGGGUCAUGACAACGUGGCCUUGGGCCCGAUCACUCCGCAGUACUGCGCGCAGCUGUGCGCGAACGGCAAGUUCGCGCUGGCCGGCACGGAGUUUGGGUCGGAGUGCUACUGCGGGGACGCGUUGAACACGCCGACCCCGCAGAAGUCCGCGAAUUGCAGCACGGCCUGCAACGGGGAUGGCCAGCAGCAGUGCGGAGGCUAUUGGUCCAUCGCCGUGUUCAAGGUGAACUGCUCGGGUUCGCCCGAGCCGCCGCCCAAGGGCCCGCCAAGGCUCGUGAACCCAUGCCUCGGCGACACGAAGUUCUCGAAGAUGCCCUUCUGCAACGCCUCCCUGGCCAUCGACGAGCGCGUGGCGGACGCCGUGAAGCGCAUGACCCUGAAGGAGAAGAUCGGGGCGCUUGGGACGGACACCCCGGCCAUCACCUCUCUGGGCCUGCCAAGGUACAACUGGUGGUCCGAGGCUUCCAGUGGGGUUGCGGAUGCUGGGAACUUGCAGACCACCAAGUUCCCUUACCCCAUCACCACCGGCAUGAGCUUCAACCGAAGCCUUUGGACGCUGGUGGGCCGCCAGAUCGGCCGGGAGGCACGCGCGGCGAUGAAUGUGGGACAAGCUUUCUCAAGCUUCUGGGCGCCCGUCAUCAACCUGGCGAGGGAGCCGCGCUGGGGGCGAAACAUCGAAACUCCGGGAGAGGACCCCUACCUCACAGGGGAGUACGCCGAGCACUUCGUCCGCGGCUUUCAGGAAGCGCCAGAAGACCCCUCCCACAUCCAGGCCAGUGCCUGCUGCAAGCACUACGUUGCCAACGAGAUGGAGAGCACCACCCAGCUCGAUGGGGAGCACCAGGAUCGUGAGCACGUGGACUCGGAGGUCUCCAUGCAGGACUUGGUUGACUCGUACAUGCGCCCAUUCCAGACCUGCGUGGAGAAGGGCCGCGUGACGUCUCUUAUGUGCAGCUACAACGCGGUGAACGGAGUGCCGUCGUGCGCGAAUGACUGGCUGCUGCAGACCGUUGCCCGCGACAACUGGGGCUUCGAUGGCUACAUCACCAGCGACUGCGAUGCUGACUCAGAUGUGUUCAACGCGCAUCAUUACACGGCAACCGCUGAAGAGGCCGUGAAGGCAGUUCUCCAUGCCGGCACUGAUGUGGACUGCGUGUCCUUUGUGCCCCAGAAUGCCCAGUCUGCCCUGGAUAAGCAGCUGAUCACAGAAGCGGAUAUUGACGCACGUUUGAAGAUGCUCUUCCGCGUCCGCAUGCGGCUGUCACACUUCGAUCCACGAGGGCCUCUCAACAGUAUCUCCACGAACGAAAUUUGCAGCGACUAUGCCUUGAAGCUGUCGCAGGACGCAGUUCGCCAGAGUGCGGUCCUGAUCAAGAAUCUGCAGGGCACGCUCCCGCUGGACAGUUCGACAGUGGGCACGGUGGCCGUGAUCGGGCCGAACACAAACCUCUCGCAGAGCGACGCUGGAUACUACGGUCCAAAGCAUCCCUGCGGAAAUCGGUUCUACACCCUCCUGGAUGCUCUGAGCAGCGGGGGGAAGGUCAAGACGGUCAGUGCGCCUGGGGUGCCGAGCGUCCUGUCUGAAGAUCAGAGCGGCAUCCCGGCGGCCGUGGAAGUGGCUCGGGGAGCCGACACCGUGGUGUUGGCAGUGGGAACUGACCUAACCUGGUCCGCGGAAGGUCACGAUGCAAAGAACAUCUCAUUCACGACGGCGCAGGCGACGCUCAUUCAGAAGGUCGCAGAAGCUGCCAAGAAGCCAGUGAUUCUGGUGACCAUGACUGCCACGCCGCUCGACUUGUCUGCAAUUCUGGCAAACCCGAAGAUCGGUGCAGUGCUGCACCUGGGACAGCCGAGUGUAGCCGUGCUGGGGGUGGCACCGAUCCUCUUUGGUGAGAGCUCACCUGCGGGACGGACCAUCCAGACGGUUUACAAGUCCUCCUACCAAGACCAGAUUUCCAUCUUCGACUUCGGUAUGCGCCCGGGCCCUUCCAAGUUUGCGCGCCCGGACUGUAGCGACCACAAUGUGAGCAGAUGCCCCAAAGGCGCCAAUCCGGGGAGGACCUACCGAUUCUACACUGGUGAGGCUGUCGUCCCCUUCGGUUUCGGGCUUUCGUACACCAGCUUCACCUACGCCAUCGUGAAGCAGCCUUCCGCACUGCCCCUGAACGCUCUUGGAGGCCUGCUGGGAAAGCUGAACGGCCCCAACCAGGUCUUCCCUCGCAGUAGGGAUGUGGAGGCUGCCAUGAUUGGCACUUCUUGGUCCAGAGCUGCUGAGUUCGUCGUCAAUGUCACCAACACGGGAAGCAGAGACGCCGACGACGUCGUCCUCGGUUUUCUCACCCCACCCUCUGCAGGUAAGGACGGCGUGCCCUUGAAGAUCCUUUUCGGAUUUCAGCGGGUUCAUGUCAAGUCCGGAGCCACUGCGACCGUCACACUCUACCCGUCCAUCAUGGACUUCACCCGCGUGUCCGUGGACGGACAAUUCGGCGUCCUCGCGGGGGAGUACGGCGUCCACUUCGGCGUGGCUGAGACCCAUGCCUUCGGCAUGGGCUACGUUGAGGGUCGACGUGUUGUAGGGGAGGAGACUCCAACAAGAUACUUUGUCUAG